CUCAGUGGCCGCGGAAGGUGACGUGGACACGGAAGUGGUCGUCGUCGCGGCAGCACCGGUGGGAGCGGGGCCCUGGGCUGGGAGUGCGGCGGGCGAGCGGACGGGCGGUGGAGGCCUCGCAGCGGCGGCGGAGGCGGCGGCGGCGGCUUAAGGCGCAGGCGUGGUCCGUUGGGUGCGAGUCCGCCGAGCCCACGAGCGGCCCCUCAGCCCUCUCUCCUGCCCGUCGGAAACCGGGAGCCAGGGACCCGCUUAGCCGGCGUCAUCAUGACCAAGGCCGGUAGCAAGGGCGGGAACCUCCGCGACAAGCUGGACGGCAAUGAGCUGGACCUGAGCCUCAGCGACCUGAAUGAAGUUCCCGUCAAGGAGCUGGCUGCACUUCCCAAGGCUACGGUAUUGGAUCUGUCCUGCAAUAAACUGAGUACUCUUCCGUCGGAUUUCUGUGGCCUCACGCACCUGGUAAAGCUGGACCUCAGCAAGAACAAGCUGCAGCAGCUCCCCGCAGACUUUGGCCGCCUGGUUAACCUUCAGCAUUUGGAUCUCCUCAACAACAGGCUGGUCACCCUGCCUGUCAGUUUUGCCCAGCUCAAGAAUCUGAAGUGGCUGGAUCUGAAGGACAAUCCCCUGGACCCUGUCCUGGCCAAGGUGGCAGGUGAUUGCUUGGAUGAGAAGCAAUGUAAGCAGUGUGCAAACAAGGUGUUACAGCACAUGAAGGCCGUGCAGGCAGAUCAGGAACGAGAGCGGCAGCGCCGGCUGGAAGUGGAGAGAGAGGCAGAGAAGAAGCGUGAGGCCAAGCAGCAAGCUAAGGAAGCAAAGGAGCGCGAGCUGCGGAAGCGGGAGAAGGCAGAGGAGAAGGAGCGCCGGCGGAAGGAGUAUGACGCUCAGAAGGCGUCCAAGCGGGAGCAAGAGAAGAAGCCUAAGAAGGAGGCAAACCAGGCCCCGAAAUCGAAGUCUGGCUCUCGUCCUCGCAAGCCACCACCCCGAAAACACACUCGCUCCUGGGCUGUGCUGAAGGUGUUGCUGUUGCUCCUGCUGCUGUGUGUAGCAGGAGGGCUGGUUGUAUGCCGGGUGACAGGGCUGCGCCAGCAGCCCCUCUGCACCAGCGUGAACACCAUCUACGACAAUGCGGUCCAGGGCCUGCGUCAUCAUGAGAUCCUCCAGUGGGUCCUGCAAACCGACUCCCAGCAGUGAGCUCACCCUCAGCACCCGCUGCCUCCCAGCCUUGGAGCUUGGAUUCCUAUGGAAUUGGGUUCUGCUGGACACAACCUCUUUUUAGCGUCAGACCUACCUGCCAUCAUCACAUGGCUGCUGGUGGUACUUGAGAUCUCCCCUUUGUAGGACUUCUCUGUUCCUUAGUCAGGGUUCCCUGGUGGAAUGAGGAGAAAUGGAGAGGGGGGAGGAAGAGUUACCUGCAUGCCUAAAGGAGUAGGCUUAGGGGUGGGGAGAGAGAAGGCAUAGGCUUUUCUAGUUAUACAAAGCUGUGUAAGGCAAGGUUCCUUUCUACUAAAUGGUCAGCUGUCACUACAUUUAUACUUUUGUAUGUCAUAAACCCUUUCUUUCAUUCCUCCCUGGGUAACCAGGACGAUCGGAGGGCAGUGUGUUACUGGGAUUAGAGGACUAGCAAUACUGGGUACUCCAGCCUAAGCUGGGAAGGUGACGUAAUACGUUUCCUUAAAGAUUCAGUCAAGCAGUUUAGCAAUAUCCAAAAUGUCUGUUUGGUCCAGUGUCACAUGUUGAGGCAGGAGGUGCCGUCCCAUCCAUGACUUGCCAGCAGUGUUCAGGCUAGUCUGAGGCACAACCGGGCUCUCAUUCCAGUUUUCCUCCUUCCCUUUAUGUCAUUCGACCUCCUAUGUAAUACCCAAGAGGAUGAACUCACACCACAGUUGUCUCAGCUAAAGCGAAUCUUUCAUAACAGUCUUACCGCCCACAAAAUAGAUCUCAUAUCAUCAGGGUCCUAGGAAACUAACUCCUGUGGAACUUUGAAAUGGCUCCACAAAACGGCAGCAGGCCAGGCUCCUUGCCUCAGUUUUAGAGCAUUAACUCCGGAAUGGCCUGGAAGCAGAGGGAACUCUGCAAAGCCGUACUAUGGCUGCUCCACUAGCACUCGGUGUGAUGAAAUACCUCAAAGGCGACCUAGAAACUUGACUUCAUGGAAGCAGGUUUAGAGUUGAUUCUGGACCUGUAACAGAAGGGAAGGAAGGAAGGAAGGAAGAGAACAGUGGGAGUCAAAGGGAAACAAAGUCAAAUGGUGGCGCUGCAGAGUGAUACAUAACUAAACAUUAGCACAACCAGGGCAGGGCCGCCCACCUUCCUGCUGCUACAAGAAAGCAUUCUCCCCUUUCCCAGUCUCUUCACAACAGCUGCAUGAAGGGAUCAAGUGUCUUGGUGCUUACUUGCUAAAAACUCCCAGUUGCAAGCUCCCUAGAGGAGCAAGGACCUGUCAUAGUUCAGCAGUGUAGCUAGCCCUAGUGGCCCAUCUGGAUAGGUCUGCCAUUCAAAACUGUCCUGACACUGGAAGAAAGGCCUUGGAUUUUUCCUCCCCAGACAGUUCUGCCAUGUAGGCCCACACCUCCUCAGCAUCACCUCCUCAGCAUCACCUCCUCAGCAUCACUACACUCUCCUUUAGUCUUCCUCCAAGCUCCACAGCCAUUGGUACAAAGGCUUUAUUGAGACAAAAUACAUACUACAUACACAUGGUGACAUCAUGAAAACAGGAGUCAGCCUCAUCAUAGUUCCCUGGCUGGUUGAGGCAGCUCAGUGGCUGGGCAUAGUCAAGCCAACCUGCAGGCAAGAGUUCACUCUGACUUCGAGAUUUGAUGCUUAUUUCUUGGAUUUCUACAAUUAUUAAAUCCAUGUCUGAGUGGUC